GAUUCGAAGUAACAACGCGCACUCUGAUUGGCCCUCAAGACUCCCACGAGGGGUCGCAUGUAAAAGAUUUGCGAAAGGGUUUAUUGUUUCUUUGCUUUCGGGAGCCGAAAUUGUUUGCUAUCUACUCACUUCUACAAUCAAAUAACGACCAGGAAAAAUGGCAGGUGGCAAGGCAGGAAAAGACAGUGGCAAAGCCAAGGCAAAAGCAGUGUCGCGCUCCCAGAGGGCUGGGCUGCAGUUCCCGGUGGGUCGUAUCCACAGGCACUUGAAGACUCGCACAACCAGCCACGGUCGUGUAGGAGCCACAGCAGCUGUGUACAGUGCUGCUAUCCUUGAGUACCUCACUGCUGAAGUACUAGAGUUGGCGGGCAACGCCUCCAAAGACUUGAAGGUGAAGCGUAUCACUCCCCGUCACUUGCAGCUCGCCAUCCGUGGUGACGAGGAGUUGGAUUCCCUCAUCAAGGCAACAAUCGCUGGAGGAGGUGUCAUUCCCCACAUCCACAAAUCCCUCAUUGGGAAGAAGGGCCAGCAGAAGACUGCAUAGAUGCCAUGUUGACCAGAAGUUUUGGGGCUUGGGCUUUGAUCGGACCAGGAGUUCACAUUUGUUCUUUUUUAUUAUUAAUAUUAUAGCAAACGAAGAGUGAUUGUUAGACUUUGUGUUGUUAUAUUUUCCCAUAACUAGAAAAAAAGUACAGAAAACCCCUUAACGACAAAAGAACCCUUUGUAUGUUAUUGUAGAACGUUUGACUGGGGAGUUCAUUUCAAAUGGUGACAGUGAAUUUGUUUGAUUGGCCUGGGACUCUGUAAUGUUUUAUACUGAAAAAAGAAAUUGUUAAACCAUUUUUUAUAUAAAAAAGACUUGUUUUGUGGUUAUUUUCUUGAAGUUACAAUAUUUACUAUAAUACAAGUUUUUAAGGAGAUGAGUUUUUUUCAACAGCAAAUUAGGUAACAACAGCUAAAUGUGAGAUGGUGCUUAUUUUCCUUUUUACUUACUGUAAUCUUUUGAACUGCACAAGAAUAGUGAUGUAUUAAAAGUUGAAUUUUUUACAUCAAAAUGAAAAAUGAUUGAAAAAAAAAAAACUCAUUGCGACCGUCUGCUACAGUGUUUUGUGUUGAUGUUUAUAACAGUUUAAAGUGUUAAUCUUGCAUAUUUGACAGUGUGACUCAGUCGUGACGCAGUUUUUGCGUCACUGUGGAAGAAAUGUCCUGCCAUUUGUCAACCUCAUAUCACUACUGGAUAUAGUUGGUACACCGCUACUUGGAGAGGAUGGGUCGGAGAUUUGAAAUCUGGCAGAUCUGAACCACCUCAGUGCUUCAAACAUUUACCUGCAGUAAUGAAAUGUAUGCACAAAGUGAAAUGUCCCUACUAAAGUCCAUUACAUUUUUCAAGUAAAGAGGUUAGAGCCUUUUUUAAAAACAAAACUAUGUGUUCAGGGAAAUGACUGCGUAUUUUAUCUUUGAAUAAAUACCAUUUGCAUGUUG